AUGGUAGAUCGUUACGAGGACUUCUUGUGUCUCUCAAGGAGGCCAGCAGCACAGGCGCUGCCAAUCCCUCCUCCUCUCUAUGAGGUAUUAAAGCCUAGUUUGCUGCCGAAGCAGCAGCAGCAGCAGCAACUGCAGCAGCAGCUGUUGCUGCAGCACCAGCAGCGAGAGCAGCAGCAGCAGCAGCAGCAGCAGCAGCAGCAUCGACAGCGUUUUAAGUUCCUUGCAGGUGUUUAUCGUUGCCAAGAGGAGCUCAGGAAACUACAGCAGCAGCUGCAGCGCAGCAGCAGCAGCAGCAGCAGCAGUUCUGCUGCAGUUGAUGAUAUUUGCUGCAGCAACGAGGAUGCUGUUGUAUCCGAUAUGUCUGUGCUGCUGCAGCGCAUGCAGUUGCUGCGGCAGCAAGCGCAGCAGCUAGAGUCCUCUGCAGAGGAUGUAGAUGAUCUUAUAGUGCUGCAGCGGCUGAGACAGCAGCAGCAGCAGCAACAACAGGAGCACCCGCAGCAGCAGCAGCCGCAGCAGCAGCAGGACUUAAGAGACGCACGAGCCUAUAGGCAUGCAGUAUUGAGGUGCCUAUACACCUCAAUGCAGGAAGCAGCAGCAGAGAUGCAACGAAGGGAAGCAAUUGUAUUGAAGCAGCAGAUGGAGUGCAGCAGAUUCUUUUCUGCUGCUGCUGCUGCUGCUGCAGGCAGCAGCAACACUGGUCUAGGAUUGAGUGCAGCAGCAGAAGCAGCAGCAGCAGCAGAAGCAGCAAUGCGUCGUCAACGAGAGCAGCAGCAGCAGCAGCAGCAGCAGCACUAUCGCCGUGGACAGAAGACAACAACAGCAGCAGCAACAACAGCAACUUCUGUUGCAGUUGAGGAGGAGGAGCAGCAACAACAGCAGCAUGAACAGCAGCAGAAGGAGAAGCAGCAGCAACAAGAGAGGGGCCCUCUACAGGGGGCUAACAAACAGCAGGGACAGCAGCAGCAACAACAGAGGAGCAGCAGCAGCAGCAGCAGCAGCAGCAGCGGUAGUAGUAGUAGUAGUAGGAGUCGUACUAGUAGUAGUAAUGGGUUUUUGUUUCACAAGAUGCCCAGCAAGAACGCGAGGCUUCAGCAAUGGCUGAACUACCGCGUCCGCGUAGUCCUCCAGGAUUCGCGUAUGUUGGUGGGUACAUUUUUAGCCUUUGAUCGUCAUAUGAAUGUUGUGAUGGCGGAUACAGAAGAAUACCGUAAAAUAAAGAUAAAAAAUAAAAUAGAGGGAAAAGGAGUAGUAGUAGAGGAUAAGGAGAUAAAAAGGACUGUAGGGUUUAUUCUUCUUAGAGGAGAGAAUAUAUGUACAUUUAUAGCGGAGGCCCCCCCUCAGCAGCAACCCAAGAGGCCCGAUGCCUCCCUAGCAGGAGGAGGGAGAGGAAUACCUGCAGGGCGCGGUGUACCUGCAGUACCCUCUUUAUCUGCUGCCCCUGUGGGGCUGGCGGGCCCCGUGAGGGGUGUGGGGGCCCCUGCCCCACACCAGAUGAUGGGGGUAGGGGGGCCCCUAGGGGGGCCCCUUGCAGGGAGGGGAGCUAUGCCACCACCAGGCAUGCAACCACCUAUGGGUACUAUGCCACCUAUGAUGAGGCCCCCUGGGUCUGUUAUGUAA